AUGGGUUGUACACUAUCUAAAGAAGAGCGUGAUGCUCUUGAACAAAGUCGAAAUAUAGAUAAAAAACUUAAAGAAGAUGGAAUGCAAGCUGCAAAAGAUGUGAAACUACUUCUCUUAGGUGCCGGUGAAUCAGGAAAGAGCACAAUCGUCAAACAAAUGAAAAUUAUUCAUGAAGGUGGAUUUACACAAGAAGAUAAUAAACAGUAUAAACCGGUGGUUUAUAGUAAUACCAUUCAAUCGAUGGUUGCAAUUCUCAGAGCAAUGAACACUCUUGGAAUUCAAUUCGGUGAUAGUGAACAAGGAGCUGAAGAUGCUCGUAUUGUUUGUGAUGUUAUCCAAGCUAUGGAGGAUACAAAACCAUUUUCGGAAGAUUUACUGGAUGCAAUGAAACGAUUAUGGGCUGAUUCUGGUGUACAAGAAUGUUUUGCACGGUCAAAUGAAUAUCAAUUAAAUGAUUCGGCAAAAUAUUUUCUUGAUGAUUUGGAUCGUCUUGGUGCUAAAGAUUAUAUGCCAACCGAGCAAGAUAUUCUUAGAACUCGUGUUAAAACAACUGGUAUCGUGGAAGUACACUUUCAAUUUAAAAAUAUGAAUUUCAAACUUUUUGAUGUGGGUGGACAACGAUCGGAGCGUAAAAAAUGGAUUCAUUGCUUUGAAGAUGUGACAGCAAUUAUUUUCUGUGUUGCUAUGAGCGAAUACGAUCAAGUGUUGCAUGAAGAUGAGACAACAAAUCGUAUGCAAGAAUCAUUAAAAUUAUUCGAUUCAAUCUGUAAUAAUAAAUGGUUCACUGAUACAAGUAUUAUUUUAUUUUUAAAUAAAAAAGAUCUAUUCGAAGAGAAAAUCAAACGUUCCCCAUUGACUAUUUGUUUCCCAGAAUAUCCAGGUAAACAAACGUAUGAAGAAGCGGCUAUUUAUAUUCAAGCGUCAUUCGAAGCAAAAAACCGAUCACCUAACAAAGAAAUCUAUUGUCAUCAAACAUGUGCAACUGAUACAAAUAAUAUUCAGUUUGUGUUCGAUGCUGUUACCGAUGUGAUUAUAGCAAAUAAUCUGAAAGGAUGUGGUUUGUAUUAAUUGACUGAUUGUUUUAUUUAUUUGUUUGUCUGUUUAUUUUCUUUGUUCUAUGUUUCCUUUCUUUGUUUGAUAUUUGUCUAUUAUUAUUGGUCGUGUUGAUUUAUGUAUGGUUUCUUUUUGGUGCAGUUAUUCAUCAUUUGGUUGAGUACAUAUCUUUCUUUUUUUCUCUCGAUUACUGCUUAAGAAUCAUGUUGUACACUUGCAUAGAACCUGUAAGCGAGUGUAAGAUGCACGUCUACAACGCAGAAAGUAUUUUCACAAAUAACACAUUAUAUAAUAAUAAUAAUAAUAAUAAUAAUAAUAAUAAUAAUAAUAAUAAUAAUAAUAAUAGUAAUAAUCGUACAAUUAUAAUUCACAUUCGUUUCUUAUUUGUUGUGAAAUACCUUUUUAUCUUAUCUUUUCUUUGUGUUCCCUUUUUGUUUUGUUCUCCCAUUUGUAAUCUACAAAAGAAUAGUUGUAUAAUCGAAUGCUUUUACAUUUCUCUUCUCUCAAUGUUAAUACUUACCUUGAGACACAGAUACACUUGCUUAACAAUUUCAUAAAUAACUAGAAUACACAUUUUUUUUAAAUAACACAUACAAGUGAUGUAAGUGGAUUUUAUCUGUUCAAUGCCUAAAAUUAAAUAAAUCAAAUGUUGAAACAGGCAAAGCAAUUCAUUAGUAAUAAUAAUGAUGAUAGUUCCAUUCGACUAUGUCUCUGUCUCUCUCUCUCAAACAUUUUUGUAUGUAAAAUCUUUUUUAACUUAUAGUACUCUAAUCGGAAACAAUGAUAGAAGUAGCGGAUAGUUCAAAUGAUGAUCAAUAUUUCGUAUCAUGUUGUUGUUGUUGUUAUGGAAUGAGAAUAGAUAAGUAACUAAAUAAACUAUGUGCUGCCAUGUUUCGUUGCUCGUACUAAAUUUAUGAAAUGAUUAUUAUUUAACGCUUUCCUUUUAUAUGUAUGUAUGUAUUUAUGUAUGCUUGUGUUUUUCUAUUCACUAUUUUUAACGCUUUGUGCUUUGACACAAAUAAUGUAUUUUGAAAUAAAAUAUAUUUACAACAAUACUAAAGUUUGAUAAGGUGGAAUAAACUAUUAUCUAUAUUGUUUCAUUGUUAUGUAAUUGAAUUCACUAAGGAGUGGAGGGGAAUACGGUAAACAUUUGUACUCAUUCUUAUUUGCAUAACUUCAUUUUGUCACUAUUCAAAUACUAUGAUCAUAUCUUUUGAGUUGAUUCGUUUGAAUAAACAGAGAGAAAAAAAAACAAACUACUCUCUAGUGUUGGAUUUUCCAAUAAAAAUUCAAGAAAAAAAAUGUCAUUUCUCCAUAUGUGAAUUAGGGAAAUAAAUCAAUUUUUUUCUAUUCACUAUAUUGUUUUCCACUCUGUCUUCUAAUAUCCUGUUUUUUUUUCUCUCGAUAGUAUGUAUUUUUGUGCCACACGGUUUUGUUUGUGUGUCUCUCUCUCCCUCUAGCGUUAAUCUCUGAUUGCAUAAUCUCAUUUUGUGUUUCGUUUCCAAGUAAACUAUGGUCACCUUGUAUUUUCUCUUUCAUGCCUUGCCGAUUUUAAUUCCUCAAUCUGUUAUCUAUUAUUAUUAUUAUUACUAUACUACUGUCCACCAUGACAAGGCAACAUACAUUCUCAAUUCAUAAAUGUGCUUUUCUCUGCUCCAUAUACAACUUAUUGCCAUAUUGACAUGUGCAGAUAUGAACGUGUUGAUACGCAGUAUAUAGAUAUAUAUGCACACAUGCAGUAAACAUUUGAAUUUUACGCCUAACGCUUACAUUCAUGGUUGCAUGUGCGCCAAUGACUAAAUCUAUUGUAUUCAAUUGUAGUCUUGUCUUAUAAAUAUAAACGUUUGGUACUUAACUAUGUAUUUCAUUUUUCUUCAGUUCUAUUUUAAUUCUUCUUAUCUUAAUUCUUGAAGGUGUAUGUGUAUGUAAAUGCAAACUCAUAAACAGGCCUGUUGGUCAAAAUCACAUAAACAUAUGUUAUACACUGCUUCAUUUCAUUGUUUUUUUUUUCGACGAAUAUUAUUACUGCUCUCUGUUAUUGCUGCUUUAAUUCAAAUGUAUCAUGUCUCUCUUGCAGUCGCGUCUUUAGUUUGUGCGAUAUAUUUUCCUCUAAAACAUGUGUUUCGACACAGCUUUUCUCACACUUUAACUUAUGUGCAUCAAUGGAUCCUCAUAUAAAAUAACUUCGUUCUCUGUGUGUAUGUGUGAAGAAUGAGCUAUUUGACGACGGAUGCUUUCUUUACAGAAAGCAAUGGCUUUAUUAACUGAAUAGUUCUGCUUCAUUUUUGUUAAAUGUCUUCUAAUGCGUCUAAUAUUUUCUGGCUAUUAUGUAUUGCUCUUUUUUCUAUCUCAUACUCUAAAUAUUUCAUUUCGCGUAUUACUUGUGGUGUUCACAUUUUCUGACUUGCGCCCACCUCCCUCUCUUCGCUCACUCUUUUGGUCUACAAUUCCCUCUUGUCAAAAUUCUGUUUUGUUUGACUAAACAAUAUAUAAUUAUGUAUAUUGUUUGCCUUUGAGAUAAGACAGUGAUAACAGAUAGUAACUACUACUAGUGAUAAUAACAAUAAUAACAGUAUCGAAUACAGUAA